CGUAUGGGUGGAACACAAGAUUGGCCUCUUGCUGAAAUUGUGAGCAUACGAGGAUCUACAGCUUCAGAUUUGUCAUUUUAUGUACACUAUGUUGAUUUCAACAAACGACUUGAUGAAUGGGUCAGUGUCGAAAGAUUGGACACUCGGAAAGUACAAUACCCUCGAAGAGAUGGCCAGCCAGGAACUGGAGUCAAUACUCCAAAUAAGACAGCCAUUCUUGGAUCAAACAGUAUUGGUCCAUCAUCAAGGCCAACAUCUCCAAUCAGUGAUCCUCUCACCAAUGGAGUUUUUGGUUUUAUUUAA